GAAAGGGGAUUUUAUAAUUUGUUUGCGUCAUGUUCAAAAACAUAAUAAUAAUUUUAAAAUCUAUAUAUAAAAUUUUGGACGCUUUUUAGAUCGGGCAUUUCUAAAAUUAAAACUGGCAACCUGUUGAUGAUUGAAGUUAUUGGACCUUGACGCAAAGCGUCUUUUUUUUUUUUCUUUCUUCUUUUUCUUUUUUUAGAACCACGUGAUAGACACCUAUAAAUAUGGCCAACUGCCAGUAACAUGACGGUAUUGUUUAUUUUUUUAUGAAUGGAUUUUGUUUCCUUGUCCCCUUUGAAAUAAAAAUACACACGUGUAAUAGUACUACACUAACACUACCAGUUAAAUUUGGAGAGCAUUAGUACGAUACAGAGUCGACAUACAGUGAAGUUCAUUCAAAAAGUGAUAUGAAUGACCAAAAUUGUUUCGAGUUGCUAGAUUUACUGGAAAAAUACGAUUUUUCAUUUGAAGAAUAUAGCUGUGACUUCUCAGAGGGACGAACAACCGAUACAGAUCCAGUGGACAUCACAGCAGAUAUAAACAGCGUGACACCCGAAACCAACCGAACCAUGGAGAUUGGACAGCCCUCUGACGUCAAUCACAGCCUCGCUAAUAGGAACUCGACGGUGACAGACUUAGGACAAACAGGAUUUGGUUAUCAAAACCACCCAGUUCCUCUCUUGCCACACACAUCACAGCCCAGACAAACGCAAGUCUCCGACUGGGGAGGAAUAUUACCCAACCUGGAAUGUUUUCCAGAGAAUAUCUUUGGGAAUUUGAACACUCAAAGCCUAAGGACCAUUCCUCAAGAAGAUGUCUUUGAAAAACCGGUUGGGCAGAGUGAUGGCGGAAAUGGCUAUGGGAGUGUGGCAAGUGGUCAGAAUCAAGAGGUUGUCAUGUCUUCGGGGCUUGGUCUAGCGGAUCCCGCUGAUGAGCCGAGACGAGACAUGGUUCUGAACGACACCUUGGGAAGUCUGAAAAGCCAGCCAAAGACGUUAGAAGACAUCAUAAUGGAGUCUGUCGACGAGAUUGGAACAUGCCUUACACCAAGGAAUGAAUCUGAAAACCAGGAUGGAGGGCAGAUUAAUGGAACAUGUGCAGACAUCCUAGCUUGUAUGUCUUCGGGCCAAGAAGGUCACAGUGUAGCUGCUGCAGCUGAAGAUGUACUACCGGACGUUAGUGUCAAACAACUUCUUCUGAAUCAGAUCAAGGUCAAAUAUGGGGAUACGCCACUUUCGACGUUUGACACCAUUCCAAGAUCAGCGAAAAAGCUAACUCCGGAAGAAAGGGCAAAAGACGAGAAACGAAAGGAAUCCAACCGUAGAUCGGCGGCCAGACAUCGGGAUCGUCAAAAGACUGAUAUGGCAAAUCUUAAAGCCAAAUAUGAAGACUUGGAAAGAAGGCAACAGAACAUCAUGAAAUACAUCAAAGUUCUGAAUGGACAGAAUCACUACUUGAGACGUAUUCUGAUUGGUUACAUUUGUAAACAUCGUGGCAGUACUCGCCAAGAGAAGCAAUAUGGCACGGGUUGCUGCUGAGGCACACAGAGCAAACAGCAAAUGAUGACAUUGCGUCUCAUACUAUACCGGAACCGGAAGUCGUGCGCGAGGUUCAAGAGCCAGGGCGCUGAAAGGGGUAUUACCAGUUCGGUUGGUUGGUGAAGCCAAAGGAGAAGAUAGACGCUUUGAAUUUUAAAACAUUUCAUUUUAAAAUCUCAAUAUAAGCGUUUGACAUUUAAUGAGGAUUGUUUCACAAUUUAACCAGCGUUUCAUAUUUAAUGCGUUUCUUUUGAAAUUUUAAAUAUCGCUUGGUGUCUGAUGUGUUUUUUGUGUUACAUGUUUACUAACAUCUGACAUUUAAUGUGUUCCAUAACAAAUGCCUGGAAUAUUUCAUCUAACCUCUAAGGAGUGUUGUUUUACAUUAUAGAUUGAAAACUUACCAUAGAUAUAAAUCCUUUAACAUUUGAUUAAAUUAGGAGAGUUACAUUAGCUAGUGAUGCGUGUGACGUUUUAAAUAGUUAAAAGCCUUAUCUGUGUUAGGUUGUUUCAUCUGUAUCGGUUAUUGUAACAUUACUAUUCGUUGAAACAAUAUACGUACCUGUAAAGGAUCACAAUAUAUCUCAGCACUAUAGUACAUGUGUAUUAUCACCAGUGUUAUGCUGCGAUUCCUAAUGCACGAUAUAGUUUGAUCUACACUGUAUAUUGAUGAUUAUUCUCAGUUCAUCUGUACCAAUACUCAAUCAAUUUUUAUGGCGUAGAAUAAUAUUCGAAGUGGUUGAAUAAAAGUAUUUUUGCUCA